UUCGCUCUAGUUAGCAAUACUUGAAGUUGCAAGCAAUCUCUAGAAUCCCCUAAAAGCCAUCCAUAGAUACAAAUUGAUUCCCUUAAGCCAAAACCCCUAAAACUUAAUUAGCUACACAGAUAAUGGAUUCGCUUCCAACAUGGCAAACCAUAGCCAACCUCAGACAUGAACAACUCCCUAUGGCUUUCUUGUUCAUGGUCCCAAUGUUACUACUGUUGGGUUUAGCCUCUAGAAUUCGCAAAAGACCACCAUACCCGCCAGGCCCAAAAGGCUUACCCAUCAUAGGCAACAUGCUCAUGAUGGACCAGUUAACCCACCGAGGCUUAGCCACCCUUGCAAAACAAUACGGCGGCAUCUUCCACCUCCGCAUGGGGUUCAUCCACAUGGUGGCGGUUUCCGACCCCGACGCAGCCCGCCAGGUCCUCCAAGUCCACGACAACAUCUUCUCCAACCGGCCAGCCACCAUAGCCAUUAGCUACCUCACCUACGACCGCGCCGACAUGGCGUUCGCCCACUACGGCCCCUUCUGGCGCCAGAUGCGCAAACUCUGCGUGAUGAAGCUCUUCAGCCGCAAACGCGCAGAGUCUUGGCAGUCCGUCCGGGAUGAGGUCGACGCCGCAGUACGCGACGUCGACCAAAACACCGGCACCCCGGUAAACAUUGGUGAGGUAGUGUUCAACCUCACCAAGAACAUCAUCUACCGUGCCGCCUUCGGGUCGAGCUCGAAGGAGGGGCAAGAUGAGUUCAUUGGGAUAUUGCAAGAAUUCUCCAAGCUUUUUGGAGCUUUCAACAUAGCAGAUUUCAUUCCUUAUAUUGGCGCCAUCGAUCCUCAGGGGCUGAACGCAAGGCUCGUGAAGGCACGUGCAGCGUUGGAUAGCUUCAUCGGGAAGAUUAUUGACGAGCACGUGCAGAAGAAGAGGGGUGGUGGUGGUGGCGUGGAUGGUGAUGGAGAAACGGACAUGGUGGAUGAGUUGCUGGCUUUCUACACGGAGGAGGAGGUGGCGGGUAGUAAAGGGAGUAGUAAUGAGUCGGAGGAUUUGCAGAACUCAAUCAAGCUCACCAAGGAUAACAUCAAAGCAAUCAUUAUGGAUGUGAUGUUUGGAGGUACAGAGACAGUAGCUUCAGCAAUCGAGUGGGCCAUGUCGGAGCUAAUGAAAACUCCAGAAGAACUCAAGAGGGUUCAACAAGAGCUCGCUGACGUGGUGGGCUUGGACCGCGUGGUCGAGGAGUCCGAUUUUGAAAAACUCACUCAUUUGAAGUGUGCAUUGAAAGAGACCUUGCGCCUCCACCCACCGAUCCCGCUCCUCCUCCACGAGACGGCGGAGGAUGUGACGAUCGGCGGCUACUUCAUCCCAAAGAAGGCACGCGUGAUGAUCAACGUGUGGGCCAUCGGGAGAGACAAGAAUUGUUGGGAGGAACCUAACAGUUUCAAACCCUCCCGGUUCUUGAAACCUGGCGUGCCAAAUUUCAAAGGGAGCAACUUCGAGUUUAUUCCAUUCGGAUCGGGUCGCAGGUCCUGCCCCGGGAUGCAACUGGGUCUGUACGCGCUUGACUUGGCGGUGGCUCACCUCCUUCAUUGUUUCACGUGGGAACUGCCGGACGGGAUGAAACCCAGUGAGAUGGACAUGAGCGAUGUGUUUGGACUCACCGCUCCAAGGGCGAGUCGACUCGUUGCCAUACCCACCAAGCGUGUUGUCUGUCCACUGUCUUAGAAGGAGAAGAAGAAAAGGAAAAAGGCAUCGAAAACAAAACAAAUGGACAUUUUUUUGGCAUUUUCUUUUUAGGCUCCAAUUAAACAAAAGUAUAUAGAUAUAUGAUGAAGAAAAAAAUAAAUAUAAGAAUAAGAUUGUGCAUGUGAGUAUUUAGUUCUCCAUCUCUAUCUGUGUGAAAAGGGGGAAAAAAGAACUCUUAAUGAUGUAAGCUGUAAUUUUGCGCCUUAAACAUGUUCAUAUGUUCAUGUGUUUUGUUGUA